ACAUGAACAUGGGAUAUUACUCUUUUGCCCCUGACCAGCUUGAGAUCCGUUUUGUUGGACGGGGCUCUGUUCUCUCGUAGUCUGUUCGUGCGCUCGCAACAAAGGAGAAAGGGAGUUGAGGGCCGCCGCUUGCUGCGCCGGCGCCGACCGCUCCGACCGCCCCGUCCUCGCUCGGUGCGGCAGCGCCCCGGCCCGUCCCUGUCUCCGCCUCCGGCGCGCGUGUCUGGCCCCGGAUUUGGGCCUGCAGCGCCGCGCUCGUCCUGCCGGAUUUGGGCCCGCAGCUCCGGCGUGGUGGCGCUUCUGCACGCGGGCGGCGGCCAUGGCGCGUUGAACUCAUUUCGAUUUUGAGGUGUGUACUCAGAUUUGCUUUGAUUUUGUGCAUUUGAUUCAAUUUGCCAGGACCUAUGAAUCCGACCGCUGUGCUCAUUAACCUUAGAGUUUGGAGGAUUUUGUGCAUGAGUACUACUCAGUUCAGAGAUUCAAAAAUGCAUAUUAUACAAUAAUUGAGCCAUUGCCUGACCGAACGCAUUGGCCAAAUGUGGAUUUGCCUUUUGUGGUUGGAGCACCACUUGAUAAAAAGACUGCAGGAAGGUACAGAAAACUAAGGAUCAAAGGCUUCCUAGAGGGUGGAGGCAGCAAAGGAAAAAGGGAUGCCAAGGAGGCUGCCAAGGAGGUUGACAAGGAGCCUGCUAAUGAGGCUGACAAGGAGGCUGCCAAGAGGCUGACAAAUUUAAAAAGAAGAUGAUUAGAGGCAAAAGAAGGUGCAACAGAUGUGGAGAGUUGGGUCACGGUGAAACUAGCUACAAGUGCCGACUUAAUGGCACAAAGAAAAGGAAGAGAAAGCCAAGAAAGAACACCACCAAGUAUGGUGACAAAGCUAAAGUACCAAGCCAGAAAAAGCAAAAGACCAAGACAAAUAUAGAUGACAAUGGUGCAGCCCCAAAUGUACAUGAAAAUGAAGCAAAUAUCGAUGACAAUGGUGCAGCCCCAAAUGUCCAGGAAAACAUUGUUGCUGUCCGAAGUCCAUCAAAGCCAACUAAAGAGUCAAUAAUGCAAGCCAGCCCCCACAGGCUGACUAGAAGUCGACUUGCUAUGCUAAUGGGAGAAGGUGGAGGUGAGCAGGCAACCAUGCAAAAUUCACCCCCAAGAGAUCACCAGCAAAAAAGCUGAUUCCAAGGAAGUUGAAGACCAAGUGAAAUGAGAACUAAAAAUAUUUGGGCAUUCACUGUGCAUGUAUCUUUUUCGUAUGUUCUUGUUCACAUACUGUCUAUGUGAGAUGUGAAUUGAAUAAGUAUUGUCUAUGUUCUUCAA